UAAUACUAUUACAGCAAAACGGCAGUUGUGAUACCCAUGGGAUGAGAGACAUGUACAGUAUUAAACAAGCAAACAUGAACAUGCAUAAUUGCGAUAUCCUUCCGCCUGGGAUUCCCCACAAAAGAGCGGUGCACAAUCACAUGAUCUCAUACAUUACACACACAUACAGUAUGUACCUUAUUCAUGGCAUCCAUAUGAGAUGUGUCUGUCUACCAUACAGCUGGGGAAUUCCAUAUACACGUCAUAUGUAGAAACUCUGCAAAGCACUGCACUAUUGGCAUAUCAUUUUUUUAUUGAAUAAUUCACAAGGAAUAUCUUUCAGAAGGAAUAUCUUUAUCAACUCAUCUUCUUGGUUUAAUUGAAAUUGAAGUUCUAAUGGUAAUACAUGUAGCAACCAUUUGAACAACCACUCAAUAUCUUCUGUUUGUCUCCUCGUGGACCAUACUGGAAUUUCAACCUUGGAAAGGACAAAUUCACAGUACAUGAUGACCCAGAACGCAGGAAACAUUGCAUUACUUCUUCCAGAGUGCUCAAUAUGCAUAGACACAAUUCAAGAUGCCAGACUUUUGACCUGUGGCCAUACCUUCUGUGGAAAAUGCCUACAAGACCAUGCUGCUCAAAGCCCUAUCCCAGGAAAUGUCAUCGAGUGUCCUGAAUGCAGACAGCAUAUAGUUUUGCCUAAGGAUGGGGUCAUGGGACUGCCAAGGAAUUACAGCUUGCAAGCUACCAUUGACCGACUCCAAGGAAUGACCCUUGCACAGGCAGCUGCACCAGUGCAAGAGGCUGCAGACAAUCAGAAACCUCCUUCUGCUGGAAAGAAAUAUACAGCCAAGUGUAAAAAGCACUCCACAGAGGUCACCAACUUCUGUUGUGAGACCUGCGAUGGUAUGCUCAUUUGCAGGGAUUGCACAGUGGUUGAUCACAGAGGACAUCACAUUGUCAACAUCAAAGAUAAAUGCAAUCAGUUGAAGGAUUCUUUGAAUGAUCUCAUCAGACAGCACCAGAAAAUGACAGAGGCUGUGCUUGCUGUCAAUCAGAAAGGAGCCGUUUCUGCUAUCAGAUCAAACAUUUGGCACUUACAGAAUGAGGCACAGGGGGUAGCAGAUAAAAUGAUACAAGAUAUUGAGACACAGAGAGACCAGUUCCUUGACCAGGUUAAGCAGCUUGGAUUAACACUGGUAGAGAAGGUAGACUCUAUGUACUAUAAUCAGAGACCCAUCGAUGAUAUUGUGGAAAUGAUGGGAAGAGGCAACGAGUAUGAAAUCACUGAGAACUUUUCAAAGGCACAGGAUUGUCUUGAAAUUUCACUCGCUGAAAUGCAUGCCAAGGUGGGUGCCAAGUUGAUGCCAAAUGUUGCCAGAAAUCUUGCUCUCAAGAAUAAUAACACCAUCAGAAUGAAUGGAACAUCCAAUAUAUUUGAGGUAGUUAUGACAAAUUUAAGUUGGAAACUUGCAUCAAAAGUAGUUGUCAAUACUGAAGGAUGUGGUGAUGCUGUCGUGACUUCCUUCACCUGUGUGCCAAAUGGAAAUUGGUAUGUUCUCUACACCAAGAAACAAAAACCGCUAGUAAUCAAAGAACUCAACUCAAAAUCUGAAUGUGAGAGACUACUAAGCAUACAAAUUCCAGGCAAACCAGUGGAUAUCAAGAGUAUGAGAGACUCCAGUUUAGCCAUAACUACAUACCACAUGGACAAAUGGUACCUGCACUUGAAGGAUACAACAGGACGAUCAACACUAAGUAAAGAGCUUCCAAUCAAACCAAUAGGAAAUGCUGUUGAUUUGUAUGUUCAUAUGGAUACUAAAGACCAACUUUGGAUUCCUGAAAAAAAUGGACACAAAAUGUGGAAAAUUAACCUCACCACUAGAGAGUGCCAGGACAUCAGUGUGAAUGGAUUUUGUCAUCCAAUUGAUGUUGUGGUCUCUGGAUCACAUCUAUACUUCAUCACUUCAGAGAAGAAGGUGAUGUGUAGGCCAAUGAAAUACGGUGGCAUCCCCGAACCCUGCGAUGUUGACACCAAACUUGGUGACCCCACUCAACUUCUCAUGGACCCAAUUACCAGUGAAGUCUUGAUAGUCUUCCAAAGAGUCUUGGAUUCAGGUCGCUUUGAGCUGGGUAUUCACCAAGCUGGAAGGUCAAAACCUUUGAUAGAUCCAAUCUUGUUGGACUGGGUCCCAGCAGUUAGGAAGGUGGAAAUCUCCCGAAAAGGAAACCUUGCCAUCUUACUGGCAUUGAAACAAGGCGGCACAAUCAUGAACUAUGAGCGUGAACAUCUGCCGACCCUAUCUGAAAUCCUGAGCAACGCUCCACAUUAGCUAUCAAGCAGGCAGCACUCACAUGGCUGUCCACAAUGUCAUCAAAGCUUGAUUCCUCUUCAUCAUCCAGUGCAUCGCUUGGAAGCUGGAAGUGGGA